UCCAAGUACAAGAUGUCAGAAAGCAACUCGAUUUUAUCAAAUAUUUUUAAAAGAGGUAGACUGACCUGUUCUGGCAACAGUGCAAGAUACUGCAGCUUUAAAGAUUCCUGCUCUCCUUCUAUAUUUCAUGACAGUGGAUACAAUGAAUCAUUAAAAGAGCCAAGCUUUGAUAAUACUGACAAAGGACAUAGAGAAGAAUAUGAUGAAAGAGGCUGGCUUGAGCAGUCUAAACAUUCACAUUCAAGUAGUUUGUGUACUUCAGUUUUGUCUCCCAUUGAACAUAAAAACAAUGUUACUCUUUUAUCAGAAAGAAAUGAAAGCAAUCUACAUACAAAAUAUUUUGAAACACCCAAAGUUGCUAAAAAAGACUUGUCACUCCGUAGAAAAUUGCUUAUGUCUAAAGCAGCUUCUGUUGGUGCUUUGGGGUGCUCUGACAGACAAGUAUCUUCAGGAAACAGCCGGAAAAAAACAUGUUUAUUUCACUGUUUUAGUUUUGAUGAAAGAAUUUCAAAAUGUACCUUGGAUUCUUCAAGAGGAAAGAGCUAUAAGCCUUUGGCUACCAGUACUUUAAAAAGUGAAGAAUCUAUGUCUGGUUGUCAGAAACUGAGGCUUGUGUUCUCCCAGCAGAGGACCUCUACAAUAGAUGAUUCAAAGUCUAAAAGCAGCUUAAUGUCAGAAUCUGCUUGUUUAUCUCCCAUCCAGCCUACAUCUUCUACAAACACACUUAACAGUUUCAUUGACAGUGGCCUUACUAGUUAUAAUGAUCAAAGCACUUGCCCAGAGUUAAUCAAAGCUCCCCAUUGCACUUUGUUUAAAACGGAUGAUGAUCCAUUUGUUACACCCAUCAAUAGUCUUAUAAAAGGAAUUAACCUUAACAUAGCUGAAAUAAAUACACCUCCAGCUAAAGAAAUAAGCAACUUGAGCCUAUUAACUCCUGACAGCAGCAGCAGCUAUAAUUCACUUGGCUUUGAUAAAUCAGAAGAGUCUUUUUCAGAUCAUGAGGGGUCUUUCCAAGAACUGUAUCAAAAACAUAAUGAAUCAUUCAGCAGUCUGAAUUCUAAAAGAAAUGUAAGAAAACUACAGCGCUCAAGAAGAUUAUCCACUCUUUUGGAACGUGGCUCACAAUCAGAAAAGGAGGAAGACUAUGAUACUACUGCUAAUUCAAAAUGCAAACCAAAAAUAGCAGCUCAUGCUAUCAAUGAAGAGAGUGAAUUGGUGUUUGUUGAGGAUGACAGUAAAUGCAUGGCUCCAUAUCUUGGGAACCUAUCCCGAACUCCUGCUUUGCAAUUAAUGCAAGAGCUUCUCAUGCAAAGCAGAAGUAAAAGAACAGAGGGAAAUGGCCUGUUGGAGAAUAUUGAUGGAACUGACAUGUCUGUGCUAAAAUGUAUUGUUGCUCACCUCAUUGGCAGAAAAAUGGGCAUUGAAAAACUAGAUAUAUUAACUGAAUUAAGAGAUCGUGACUUAAAACAUGUUCUUACCAUGAUUUUAGAUGUCCUAACUGUGGAAAGCCUAUGCAGUAUGUGGACUGUAAGCAAAAACUGGCAAGAAAUUCUUGUACAAGAUAAACAUGCAAAUCGGAGGAGGAAACUGUACAUAAAACAGCUGAGAGCAGAAGUUAAGGGAUGCAUACCAGAUGCAGAAGAUGCUGCCACUAGAUUUAUGAUGACAAGACUUGCACUACGACCUGUCCAGGCUCAAGCAAAAUCUGCCAUAUCACAAAUGGAGUCAUCUUGUAAUGCAUUUUUGACACCUCUGGGAUGCAGUCCAAUUCUUCAAUCAAAUAGCAAGCUGAAAGCAUAUAUAAAGGUUGCCCAAACUCUCUUCAGUGAUGAAGCUUUAAAACCAUGUCCAAGGUGUCAGUAUCCUGCAAAAUACCAGUCCUUCACAAAACGUGGAGUUUGUAGCCGGGAAGACUGUGCUUUUGACUUCUGCCUUUUAUGUCUAUGUGCCUUCCAUGGAUCAAGAGACUGUAGCAGUUCAGCUACAAAAUGGCAAAACAGAAAAGAUGCUCUGCCAGGAAGCAAGACAAGCAAGAGCAAAAGCAAGAGAAACUUAAAACGCCUCUAAAAGUCUUGGAGUGAAUAGAACUUAUUUUCC